AUGUCUCCCAUCCCGGAUCGGGUACAUGCUUCGACGUCCCUCAUUCCUUUCCUUGACGGCGACUGUAGAGAGCUUUCUCUCUCCAUCCCAAAGCACAUCACAUCUUGACAAUAGGAAUGUCCUAUCCAAAAUCGACAGGUGCAGGUCGGAAAUUCUCCAUUAUACAAGGUAGAGAGAAUGUUGGGUGCAGGAGGUUUUGGGCUGGUCUACAUUGGACGAAGGGUGGCUGGUGGAUCUCAGGGCAAUGGGCCCAAUGCCUUUAAGGUUUAGUUUCAACCUCCCAUCACUCCUGCCAAGGGAAUCUUUAAAUACUGCUGUUUUAUGUUGUCUCUUUCAUUUUCCUGCGGUGGGUGUAGGUAGCACUGAAGUUUGAGCAUAGAAAUAGCACGGGUUGCAGAUUUGGCCCCCCAUAUGAAUGGCAAGUUUAUGAGUAAGAAGACACCCCCUACUGCUCUAAUUUAUUACGUAUUGUGUCGAUCUAAAACUACGUUCUUCAUCUGACUUUGUGAAUAUGGUUUUAGCCAUCUCAAGGGAUGCUAUGGAUUGCCUAGGGUGCACUACAAGGGCCGCCAAGGAGAUUAUUUCGUCAUGGUUGGCGUAGAGUUUUUCAUUUUAUUGUUUCCUCGAAUUAUGUUUUUUAUUGAAAGCUAAUUAUGAUAUUGUUGAUGAUGAUUGCUGCAGAUCAUGGACAUCCUUGGACCAAGUCUCCUGGAUGUGUUCAUAUCCAUUGGGCAAGUGUAAGAAAAUAAUCUUGACUUCAUAUUCAAAGUCAAUAUUUGUUGAGAAUUGUGCUAUUGAGUUUGACUAACUCCUUGGACAGAAUGCCACCAAAUAUGGUGGCUUGUAUUGCUGUGGAGGCAAUAUCCAUCCUUGAGAAGCUACACCAAAAAGGGUACGUAUGGCUUUGUGGCAGUGUGAUAUUUUUUUAAUUAAAUUUUUGCAAAGGUCACAGUAAUCAAUUCAUUGCUCCCUUGUGCACUCCCCUCCCUCCCUCCACCCACACAAAAAAAAAAACAUGCCAGGUUUGUGCAUGGAGACGUCAAGCCAGAGAAUUUAUUGUUGGGUAAACCCAGAAGCUCAGGGGAGAAGAAGCUUUUUCUCAUCGACUUUGGGCUGGGUAUGUUGCUGCAUUCCAAUCACUUCUUGUUUUCACCUUUCGCACCUAUUGAUUUUAGAGUAGGGUUUGUUUUUCCAAGUAUAUAAACAAAUUCGUCUUGACUGACAAGUCCCUGUCUGUAUCAACAUCAGUGAUAUUUUUGUGCUUUGUUCAGAGCCUGUACAAAUGCUAAUUGGUGUCAUUAAUAUUUUAAUCAGCUUCAAUGUGGAGGGACAGUUUGUCAGGCCAGCAUGUCAGCUUAUGCCAACAGCCAGAUAAUUUCAGGUUUUUUGGGAAACGAUAUUCUAUUUUUUCCCUAAAUUCUUAGCUAAGAGGAGGAUUCAUAAAAUCUUACCCCUACCUUACUAUCUAUCUCAUGUUCCCUAGGGGCACAACACGAUAUGCAAGCGUCCAUGCACAUUUAGGCCUCACAGCGAGUAGAAGAGAUGAUCUUGACUCAUUGGCCUACACUCUGAUUUUUUUGAUUAAAGGAAGGCUGCCGUGGGAAGGCUAUCAGGUUUGCUUUGACCUCUACUUGUACAUGUUCUCCCAUCUCUUUGAUUGAUCACUUGCUGAUUCUUAUGCCAACUAUGUAGGGGAAUGACAAGAGGUUUCUAGUCUUCAUGAACAAGACUGUAACCUCCCCCGAGACGCUGUGUGGUGGCUGUCCCCCUCCUUUUGCACAAUUCCUUGAAGCAGUGAAGAAGAUACAAUUUGUUGAGCAGCCCACCUACUCGAAGCUCAUUUCUCUUUUUGGAAGCUUGAUAUGCCCCCCCUGCACCCUGUUAAAGACCAUUCGGAUUGAUGCAAUUUUGAAGGUGGUUGCAAACAUGACAUCACUGAAAUUACCUCGCAUAUUUUUAUUUUAUGUCAGAUGGUUUUAUCUCUUUUUCAUGGCUCUAUCAUCUGUUGUUAAAUAGGCUGACCAUGUUUCCAACAGGUUCACCAAAAACGUGGAAGAUUGCAGGUAAAUCAUGAAGAAGAUAUGUGUCAUAGAAAGAAACGGAUAAAAUGUUUGAUUGAUGACAGACCAUGACCAUGUACAUGUAAGAAUAUAAAUAAAAUCUGUAAAGUGCCAAUUGAGAAAACAUAAAUCUCAUGACUAAAUUAUUUAUUAUUAUUGUUCUUAUUUAUUCAUAAAGAAAAUGAUAGUUUAAAAGCCUCAUAUUAAGGGCAUGAAUAUAAUACUUUUUUAAUGUAAUCAUAGCUAUUGAUAAAGGUGUGUAAUUAAUAUUUAUGCAAAAACAGAAACUAUAUCAAUCAAUGAUAAUAAUACAAGACAACCAUUUAGAGGGCGUGAGUAUAAGUAGUAUAAUAUCACAGUUACUCUUGCUAGGAAUAUGUAUCAUUUAUUGCCAACAUUUAAACUUUAGAAAUGUUUUGUACCUACUAUCUAUUCACCUUGGAAAUGGCACCAUUUUGGACGUAACCUAUUGAGUACAGGAAUAUAAUAUGUUUAAGUACAUUUACACUUACAAAUUAUCAGAAAUAACUAUUAGACCGAUAAAUGUAAAUUUUAUGCAUAAAUAAUGAAUAUUACUUUUUUAUAAGAAAGCUGGCACAUAAAAAUACAGUAUUAAAGGGAAGAAAUCUAAUAUUAUUUCAUACAAUCAUAAUGAUUAGUUGCAAUGAAUAAUUACUAUAGUUUACCAAAAUGAAAAUUUUAUCAAUAAAUAAAUGAACAUUACAAGUAUUGGAUUAAAUGGCACGAAUUUGAUAGUUUAGGUUAUAUUUAUAAUUACUAAUCACUAUGAUUAAAUAUUAUUUAUUAGAAUAUGUAAAGUUAUGAAGAAAUAAGAAUUAUGUAUUGGAAGCUUAUGUGUCCACCAAAGGACACACAUCCACCCCAUAAUGUGUUUAGAACCACAUGUAGUCCAAAACUAAAAGUAAUGUAAUGUCGUAAUUGGUUCCCAUCAUAGUAAAAGUAUGAUUUCUUUAGUGAUGAUCUAAAAAUUAAGAAGCAUCUAGAUUCAUACAAGAUUGGGUAGAUAAAGAGGAGUUUGAAAUAAAAGUCACAUAGCUAUGCUUUGUAAUGUUUUCAAUUUGAAAAGCAUAUCUUGACAAAGUUAAAUCUUAUAUGAUUCACAUGGGUGAAUGUCAUCGUAUAUACUUUUUAUACAUUGCACCCUCUAGAUGUUUUCCUAAACUUGAAGCAAAAUGUACCCAUCGUCAAAUCUUGAUUCAUUCCAUUGAUGAGUGGAAAAUAAAUUUCUUGUCUAAAGUAGGACUUUUAGUACAAGUAGGAAAGUUAUUGUAUUAACAAGUGUGCCGACCAUCACAUUUAUGAGGAUGAUGAAUUAAUCAUGGAAACUAUUUAUUGAAAAAAAUUAUUAUCUAUUAUCUAUUUUGACUGUAGUCUAAUGUACAAUUGUAAUUAAGAGUUACAUAAUUCUAUAUGCGACCCCUAUUAAAUGUUUUUGAGCCAAAUCUAUACUGUAUAUAAAUUUGUAUAUAGUUUUACACAUAUAAAAUGAGAUUUUUGCCUUUUUAAGAGUACACGUACAAUAUUUUCAAGUAAAUUCAUAAUAUUUUCAAGUAGAAUAUUUUCGCCUUUAUUAUUUGUUAGUAUAAUGCCUCUUUUUGUCAUAAUAGGAAACCACUAAUAAGUUUUUAUUAUCAUAAGUUAAUAAUGAGUAAAUAACUCUCGAUAAAUAGACUUAUAUUUCUAUUAAAUUAUGUAAAAUAGUUUUCAAUUGAUUAAUGUAAUUUUUUUAGCUAAUUAGAUAAUUUUUUUAUGCAUUUAUAUGAUUUUUAUAAUCCUAUUUUUUGAGAUAAAUCAAGAAAAAGAAAUUAAAAUAAAAAUAUAGCAAAAAGAGGGGACCUGUCAACCAACUAGGCCUGUAAGUAGGUUAGAAGUGUAGUCGAGGGGAGCCACGAGCAAGGGCUUGGGUGACUAGGACUAAUGGAGGCAUGUGUGCACCACUCCCCUUCCACGUCACUAGUGGCCAGCCAAGUCUUAGGUAAGGAGUGGUUGUACAUGUGAGAGAAAAGUACUCAUUACUUGUAAAUGUGAUAUUACUAUAUAUUUGCUUAAAACAUUGGCGCACAAGUGAUGUGGGACUAAACCCACAUCACACCUUCCCAGAUCAUUGACAAAAAUCUUGUCAACGCAAUUCACAAAGCAUUGUUACUAAAAUUGCUGAAAAUGAUUCGCGAUAAAAGGAUCAUGAAUCUAUUGAGUAAAUCAUCUCUAAGUGAUUGAUGAACAAGCCGUCGUCGAGAAGAGGACAAUUUGUCGUGAGAUGAGUCACCACCUCCUGAGAGCAUACUAGAUGCGAUGAAGAGUCUCCUCUUGCUGCAUAGACCUGAGGAUGAAGCUCCUUAACAUGCGUCCCACCUCCAUCUAGCUCCUCUCCAUCAAGUGACAGCCGCUAGAGAGUCACAAAGUCCUCAUUUUUUCGCUCUGCUAAGUGAUAGUUGCCAGAGAUAAUUUGAUGAUAUAUUUCAUUGAUCUCUAGAGUUCGCAUAGAUAUCUAGAGAUACUUUCAACUUAAUUUUUACUUCAUUUAGUGAUACUUUGUGUGAUUUAAAUUUACCAAGCUAUAUUUGAUUCAAUUAUGACUUUUCUACCUUUUACAGAUCUUAAUUUGAUCAAUUAGAUCAUUUGUAAUCGCUUACACAAGAAUCACUAGGUAGAACUUUGUUCCUGUUUGAUUCACGUUUGUCAAGCAUUGAUGUCAUCCUAACAUCCGCACCCUUAUUUCCUUUUUUCACGAAUUGAAGUAUAUUUUAUUUUCAUUUCUUAGUAUAAAAUUCAUAAAAAAAUUAUAUUCUUUGAGAAAAAUACUAAAAAGUUACCCAAUAUUAUAUUACAUCUCUGUGAUCGACUUAAAAAAUUACCACUAUUUUUGUAAACUUAAUUGAAUUAUAAUUGAUAUAUUUGUUCAGAAAUACUUUUAAAUAUCUAAAAGUUAGUAUUUUCUAGUUUUAUAAUUUUUAAAUUUACGUGAUUUACAAUACAACGACUAAGUCACGUCAAAAGGUUUUUCACCUUCCUAUGGAGAUCAAACAUAAGGCUUAUUAAGUUAUAAAGAAUCUUAAUCUUUCUUUAGACGCCAUAGGUAAGCAUCGUAUGUUACAAUUGCAAGAGCUUCAAGAAGUACCCAAUGAGAUGUACGAGAAGUCUCUAAUUUACAAAGUAAAAAUGAAGGCUUUUUAUAACAAGAAGGAGAGCAGAAAGAGUUUUCAUGAGCAUCAAAAAGUUUGGCUUUACAAUUCUCGAUUGAAACUAUUCCUCGAGAAAUUAAAAUCUAGAUGGGAUGGACCAUACCUUGUGAUUAAAGUUUUUGACUAUGGUGCAAUAUUAAUUGUAGAUCUGAAAACUAGUAAAAAUUUUAAUGUGAAUGGGCAAAGAUUAAAACCUUAUUUAGAAAAUGAACCCUCCUUCUUUACCCAUUUCCACUCAAUUAUAUGAUCCAUCCAUUGAACCUCAAUCUUCUUAGAACUUUCCCUCCAUGAUGUACUCUAAGAUGGCAUAGCUUUCUUUUCCACUACAUUCCAUUUUUCUUAUUUUUCUCUAUCCUUUGAUAUUUUUCUUAAGUUUUUAUUAAGCGAACAUAUCAAGUGUUCUAGAGGAAUUGCAUAUCAUGACACAGAUUAAUACAAAAGAAAAUCAGAAGGAUGAAGGGUGAAAAUCAAUUUGCACAUUUAAUGCUUUCUCCUUUUUCUCUUAUAUAGAUAUAUUGAGGACAAUGCAAAUGGUCAUUUGGGGGGGAAGAAUAAAUGCAUGAGGGUGAAUACAUGAGAUUACAUCAGGUGCUAUAGUGCUUAUAACUAAAUCAUGAAGUUCAUCAUCUUUCAUGGUGCAUAUAACCCACACUCUUAAAUUGAGAAAAUCUACUUUGGUCUUCUGCCGAAUUUAUGUUAUGAAUUCUUAUUAUUAACUAUGAGUAGUAAAUUGAAUCUUUCUCUUUCUUGA